AUGGAGCGACAGGUUGCGCUGUGCGUGGCGACCGCCGUGGCGAUCUGGGUUUUGCAGAUUGCUUACAAGUUGCUCAGAUCUCCCCUUCGUCACAUACCGGGACCUCUGUACACAAGAGUAACUAGGCUUCCACUGAAGUUCUCGAUCGUUACAGGGAGGCGCAUCUACUUCAUCCACAACCUGCACCAGAAGUAUGGCCCGGUGGUGCGUAUUGCUCCGGACGAGGUCUCUGUUUCCUCACUGCCAGAGUUCAAAGAAAUCCAUCGCGUCGGGUCGGCCUUCCUGAAGACCCCAUGGUAUCAGAAAUUCGCCUGGGACCGAAAUCCGGGACUUUUUACCAUGCGGGAUCCCAAGGAACAUGCUGCGCGUAGGAAGUUGUUUGCACGUGUAUUUUCGAAAUCAGAUUUACGACGAACUUGGGAACCCGUGGUGAAGGAGAAAGUCCAGUUAGCAGUGUCGCAGAUACGCGGUGAAUUGCUGCGGGAUGGAACCUCCGAUAUUCUGAAGUGGUGGACUUUUCUCGCCACCGAUGUCAGCGGACACUUGAUGUUUGGUGAGUCAUUUGACAUGCUUCAGUAUGGAAAGAAAAACGAAUAUAUCAAUGUUUUGGAGUCCACAAUGAUGGGUUCGGGCAUCAAUGUAGAGCUUCCCUUUGUGGGACUCCUAGGCCGAUAUGUCCCACUUGCAUCUUGCCAGGCGAUGUUUCGCCCCAGCGACUAUCUUACUGAAUAUGGAAGGCGCGCUGUGUCAAACAGUCGAACGAAUAGCAACUCCACUCGAAAUAUUUUCACGGGAAUGCUCAAUGAAUCGGAGAAGGCAAGCAGCAUGCUUUCCGAGGAGGAUGUGGUAAUCGAAGCGGGCAACCUGAUCGUGGCUGGCUCAGAUACCACAGCAGUCACGUUGACGUACCUGGUAUGGGCUGUGCUGUCGCAGCCCACGCUUCAGCACGAUCUGGAAGAGGAGGUCAGUGCGCUGGACCCGAACUAUAACGAAGCUGCACUGGAGGAACUGCCGCUCCUCAAUGCCGUCAUCACAGAGACACUACGGCUUUAUGGAGCAGCUCCAGGCUCCUUGCCUCGGAGCGUCCCGAAUGGCGGAGUGACCUUUUGCGGAUAUCACGUUCCUCAAGGAGCGACGGUAAGCACGCAAAGUUACACCAUUCACCGUGAUGAGGAACUUUAUCCUGAUCCUGAAACCUUUGAUGCCACUCGCUGGUUAGGAGGUCAUGGCAAUGGUUCCGAUGUAGCCAAGCAGGCACUCUCCCCCUUUGGAUACGGAACACGAAUCUGCCUCGGGGUGCACCUAGCUUGGAUGGAGCUUCGCUUAGCAGCAACCGAGUUCUUCCGUGAGUGUCGAGGGGUGCGAUUGGCGUCAGACACAACGCGGGAGAGUAUGAAGCCGGAAAACUAUUUUCUGAUCGCUCCAUCUGGACAUCGAUGUGACAUUGUACCUCAGUAG